AUGGAUCGACCUCUGAAGCAGGAGCCGCUGUUUGAAGGAGAAGGAGGUGAAACCGGUGAUACAGGAGGUUUGUCGUUUUCCUUGAUCCCCAUCCGUGUUAAAAAAGAGGACAACACCUUCCAUUCAGACAACACAGUGGCUAGACCAAGCAUCAAACCUACUCCAGAGACUCUCUGGUUGGCCACAUCAGGAGGUGCCACAAGUAGCCAUAACCUGCAAGCCCCUGAACGUGAAGAUGAUGAGCCAGAUGAGAGAUCAUCGGAUGAAGGUAUUGGGCGGUCCCCUGCUACAUAUGAAAACGCCAUGCAGUCACAUUCUGAGGAGGAAGCGGGAUCAUCUUCAGGUAGUGCGCAAGACACCAGGAAAGGUUCAUUAUUGGACACUCUAGCUAAGCCAAUAUUUUUCUGUGAUGUCUGUAGUAUGGCGUUCACCGAAGAGAACCACCUCGCCCGUCACAUGCAAAAACACACAUUUAUUUGUCACUUUUGCGGCAAGCAAUUUUCAUCGGACUCUGAGUUGUUGCAGCACGAAGAUGUCCAUAAGAAGGGUCAAGAGCACUGCUGCAAAGAAUGCGAUAUCAUCUUUGAGAGCAAGGCCGCUCUAGAGGAUCACUAUGGAGAUCAUAUGUAUGCCUGCUCUCUGUGUCCGAAGACUUUCACCAACCAUAUUGCAUUGUUGAACCACGAAAAUGGCCACCAGGAUCCAAAGCUUAGUUGCAAUGGUUGCGGGAAGAGUUUCAAUCGCUUGAGUAAUCUUAAGGUUCAUAAACAGAAACACUGCAGAAGAGGAAGCCAGGUCAGCAGAAACCUAAGGGCCAAUAAAGGGCCAAGAGGCAGCGUUAGUCCCAGGAGUGCCAAGGAGACCCCUAUACAGGAAAAUGGAGAAGACAAUGGGACACAGAAUUGUGCUGAAGAUGAUGGUUCCAGGGAACAGGAUGAUAUGGCUGUUCCGCAACAAGGACGACUUUGCAAAGCACAAGCUUAA